GUGGGCCUCUGGCAGGCAGGCCUGUGUUCGCGGGACACAAGCGCAGGCAGCACCCAGCCCAUCCCUGCAUGAAUGGUCGCAACCCCCGAUGCGCCGGGGAUUUUGGCCCAAGGACCUCGCGGAGCAGGGCUGCAGAGGCCCUCCGCCCGCGCGGGGAGAGCAUGCUGAAGCUGGUGGCCACAGAUGUCUUCAAUUCCAAAAACCUGGCCGUUCAGGCGCAAAAGAAGAUCUUGGGGAAGAUGGUGUCCAAAUCCAUCGCCACCACCUUGAUAGAUGACACAAGCAGCGAGGUGCUGGACGAGCUGUACAGGGUGACCCGGGAGUACACCCAGAGCAAGAAGGAGGCCGAGAAGAUCAUCAAGGACCUCAUCAAGACCGUCAUCAAGCUGGCCAUUCUCUACAGGAAUAACCAGUUUAACCAGGACGAGCUGGCCCUCAUGGAGAAGUUCAAGAAGAAGGUCCACCAGCUGGCCAUGACGGUGGUCAGCUUCCACCAGGUGGACUACACCUUCGACCGGAACGUGCUGUCCAGGCUGCUGAACGAGUGCAGAGAGCUGCUGCACCAGAUCAUCCAGCGUCACCUCACCGCCAAGUCGCACGGACGGGUUAAUAAUGUCUUUGACCAUUUCUCAGACUGCGAUUUCUUGGCUGCCUUGUAUAAUCCUUUCGGAAACUUCAAACCCCACUUACAGAAACUUUGUGAUGGCAUCAACAAGAUGUUGGACGAAGAGAACAUCUGAGCGCGUGAGUGAUUUGUCUAAAGACGGAGCACUGCUGAUUUAUGAAGGAAAAGGCAAUUCUUUGAAGAUGACACAUAUUUCAGAAAGACUCCCAAUUCAGUUUUCCGACGUUAAUGCUAGUGCUUUUAUGAGGCUUGUUUUAUUUAAUAAGAAGCUUACUUCCAACAAUUCUGGUUAAAAGUUUCGUAAUGAAUAACAGAUACAGGAAAGAUGUGCGGUUGGUAGCAAAGGUAGUUACACAGACAGGGGAGACUGUGUAUAUGGAUCCAAACCUUCAGACAUUUUUCUGGAAAUUGUGUUGGUGGCACAUUGGAUAUUUUCAGCAUGUACAAAGUUACGUGAUUUGAUUCAUUUUUAUUCCUUACAAUGUUCUCCUUUUUAGAAGCCAAGAAUUUUCUCUUGCUGGCAUUGCUCCAUUUUCUAGUCUACCCUGGCUCUUUGAGUAAAGAUGGUGUCAUUGACUUUCAGGAAUUAAGGCUGAGGCAGUCCAAGUGAACCUUCAGAAGAACAGAACACUGCUUGUGUGAAGUCAGUACUGUGGAAAUGAACUAUGUUAGACUUCAUGAUAAAGCCCAGGAUAAGAAUUUGCUUCUGGAACUGAAUCCUGCUUUUUUGAUGCAACACGGUGAUUCUUAAAUUCCCAGAAAUAUAAUGGCACGUCUCGGCCUUGAAAUGCUUACUUAGGGCUUAACUUUCGAUUUAUCUUGAAAAUGUGCUGAUGAAAUCUCCACGUGUGACAUCUAAGUUUAACAUGUAAGAGACAAAGAAAAAAAUCUGGAUUGGUCAAUUUAAAAAAUGGCAUUAAGGAAGAUUUUUUAAAUCUUCAUUUUGGAGAUGAGCCCAUCAACGUAAUUGAGGGGGUGGGGGUGCAGAAGGGAACAAAGGAUCUUCCUGAAGAACGUGACCAUGCAGAUGAAUGCAAUAUAAUGUCUAAGAAGGUCUGAUAAAAUAAAGAAUGUCACUUUUUUAUUUAAUU